AUGCGUCUAAUCUCAACAUGUCGCAAUCGGAUGAGUCUACUGUCUGGUAGCCACACAGACGAUGGCAGUACACUCAGCUACCAGGAAAUCCGUGAGGUGGCUUCACCACCACCAGAGGAGACUUCCUUGCCCGAGGCUAUCAACACUGCAUCCCUCCGAAGGCUCCGGGCCUUGCUGAAGUGCAUCACCGACAGUAACCCUCAAGCUCACGAUCGCGCGUCUUCAUUUCUACUGAAACCUAUCACUGGCACCAACAAGAAGCGGAAGGCACGUGAAACAUGCAAGAAUUGCUAUGAGGAGUAUGAUGUCUGGGAGAACGAAAUGGGUGCAUGUGUGUUCCACGAAGGUGGCAAGGAAGUCAACGAUUCUGAUGGCUUUUGGGAUGACCAUGAUCCACAUCACGGCGAGCCCGAGGACUUAGAAGAUGAGCCGGGCUACGACGAGGGCUUCCAAUGGAGCUGUUGCCAGGAGCCGAUUGGUGCCGAAGGGUGCGUCAGGUCGAGGCAUUUGCCCAAAGAUGCGCACAAGAAGAAGAGCAGAGUGGAUGUGGCCAGCCUGACGGACUGA